AGGAGGAUUAGUUACAGUGUAAAUACUGUGAUUUUAUGGAAUUGCACACUGUAGUCUCUUUAGUCUCACCGCUCCACUUUUGACCUCCUACCAGGUAACCUCCCGGCUGGCCUCACUUGAGCAUCAAUGUUCAUGAUCUGAUAGGUGAAGUCGUGGAGUACCUCCUGUUACCGCUAUACUUAAUAAAAGCGUCCUGAUUUGGUCCCUUUUUCUCUCUCUUAAUAAUCUCAUUUUUCAUCCUUAUACCAUUCAAUUGAGGCGCCUUUGAUUAGACCUCAGCCAGAUAGCUAUCCACCACCCCUUUCUCUCCAUUCACCUCAGCCCAGCUCCGCUCAACUCAACUCAACAAACUCAAGUAUAUAAUAAAAUCUCUAUUCAAAAUCAUCCCACAGCUAACCUUCUACUCCCAGAUAUGCCCACAGCAAACGCCACCGUGGCCGUCUCCGCCCCCGGCAAGGUCCUGCUCGCCGGCGGCUUCCUGGUUCUGGAGCGCGCCUACACGGGCCUCGUCCUAGGCCUCAGCGCGCGCAUCAACGUCAUCGCCGGCGACAUCACCAGCGAGCCCGGCGUCGAGCUGUAUGAGAUUGUCGUUACUAGCCCGCAGUUUCAGGACGCGCAGUGGCGUUACGGCUAUCACCAUGUGGAAGAGGGCGGAGGCGUCAAAGUUACGCAGCUGCAGGUCGGCUCCACCAUCACGUCCAAUCGCUUCGUCGAAACAACGCUCAGCUACGCCCUCACGUACAUCGACGCCGUUGUCUCAUCCACAUCCUCAUCAAAGCAACAUAACAACAUCACGUCCUCGCGCCUCGUCAUCCUUGCUGACAACGACUACUAUUCCCACUCCCACGAGGCCUCGUCGGGACGCUUCGCCAAAUUCCCCGUCCCCAUCAAGGGCGCUAACAAGACCGGCCUCGGGUCCUCCGCCGCGCUCGUCACCUCCCUGACGGCCUCCCUACUCACUCACUACUUGCCCAGCAGCGUCUUUGAUCUGUCAACUAAGAAGGGCAAGCAGACGCUGCACAAUCUCGCUCAGGCUGCGCACUGCGCCGCCCAGGGCAAGAUUGGCUCUGGCUUUGAUGUUGCCGCCGCCGUGUACGGAUCCUGCACUUACAGGAGAUUCUCCCCUGAGAUUUUGAACGUGCUUCCUGAACCUGGCGCCCCUGGCUUCAGCGAGAAGCUCCUAGCCGUCGUCGAUGGCCAGCAAUGGGAUGUUGACGUCCAGGAGGACAGCGUAAGCGUCCCCCCAGGUCUCGUCCUGCGCAUGUGCGACGUCGACUGCGGCAGUGAGACCGUCGGCCUAGUUCGAAGGAUCCUCGCCUGGCGCAGCGAAAAGGCAGACGAGUCAUCCACUCUCUGGAACGACCUCCAGUCCAAGAACGAAGGGCUCGCUGCCAUCCUCAAGGCCGGCGAUGUCGAUCGGCUCCCCGAACAGCUCAUCCAGGUGCGCGACCGCUUCCGCAAGAUGGGCCACCUGGCCGACGUGCCCCUCGAGCCCGACACUCAGACCGUCCUGCUCGACGCCCUCACCGCCGUCGACGGCGUCUAUGGCGGUGUCGUGCCCGGCGCCGGCGGCUUCGACGCCCUGGCCCUGCUGAUGCGAGAUGACGCUGAGACGCAGAGUCGCGUGCAAGAUUUCCUAGCUGAAUGGAGUCGCGAAAAAGGUGUAAAGGUAAAGCUCUUGGGGGUCAAGGGGGAAAUGGAGGGCGUGCGCCAGGAAAGCUUGGACGUGUACGACAGGUGGCUAUAGCUUUCACAGUGUAAUGCAUCAAAGCUCAUCGUCUCUUUACCGAGAUGAGGCAUGCCUACCUAUUUCGCCCCAGG